AUGGCAUCAACUGCAACGGACAUUACCAAGCGUAACGCUGGCGCGGCGGAGGGCGACGUCGCAAUGGAGGAAGACGAUCGCUCGUCGGAGAAUGAGGAACAUCAAGAGGAGCAGGAGAACAACGAUGAUGACGAUGACGAUGAAGAAGAAGACCCAGCGACGCAGGAAGCUAACAGACUCCGGCUUGAACAACAGGCUCGAAAGUACGUCGCCGCACAAACGCACGAGGUCAUUAUCCCUUCAUACUCUGCAUGGUUCUCCAUGUCGAGUAUUCAUCCUUUGGAGCAACGAGCGCUGCCCGAAUUCUUCAACUCGAAAAAUCGAAGCAAAACGCCCGCCAUCUACAAGGAGUAUCGUGACUUUAUGAUCAACACGUAUCGACUUAGACCAAGUGAAUAUCUCACUAUUACUGCCUGCCGCCGCAAUUUGGCUGGAGACGUCUGCGCUGUGAUGCGAGUUCACGCGUUUUUGGAACAGUGGGGCCUGAUCAACUACCAGGUUGACCCCGAGGGACGUCCUUCUGCACUGGGCCCUCCCUUCACAGGCCACUUCCGUGUCAUCCUAGACACCCCUCGAGGACUACAGUCCCUCAACCCUGGCACGAAACUUGCCAAACCCGGAACGACCAUGCCGCAAAAGCCCACUGCGCCACCAUCUAUCGCUUUCCAAAAGUCAAUUUACCAAACGACAAACAAGUCGGCGAAACCUGUGUCUGAGGCGGAAGCUUUGGCACUGGAAAAGUCUGCAGCGCAAAGCACUGGCGUUUCUGCAAUCAACUACUCUUGCGAUACCUGCGGGGUAGAUUGCACCAACGAGAGAUACCAUUCGCUCAAAAUUCGCGACUACGAGUUGUGUCCUCCAUGCUAUUUGGAUGGUCGCUUCCCAUCGACAAUGUUCUCUGGUGACUUUGUCAAGCUGACGACGACGACCAAUGGUGUUGCCGGGGCCGAUGUCGAGGAAAAAGCAGGAGCCGAAACUUGGUCCGAUGCUGAAACGCUGCUCCUGUUGGAAGGAAUCGAGCUUUAUGACGACGACUGGGUGUCCAUCGCCGAGCACGUCGGCACAAAGUCUCGCGAGGCAUGCGUGCUCAAGUUCCUCCAACUGCCCAUCGAGGAAGGCUACGACGACGGACCUUCUGGUCCCAAUGGCGCCUCAAAAGCAGUCGGAGUCAACGGUGUCAAGAGUGAGGGCGACCUUGGUUUGCUCAGAUACAGCAAGAUACCGUUUGACAAGGUGGACAACCCGGUAUUGAGUGUCGCCGCAUUUCUGGCUGGCGUCAAGGGAGCAGAAUCAGCAAAAGCCAAGGUUUCUGGCGCGACAGAGGGCUCCGAGGUGAAAAACGAAGCUAUGGAAGUCGAAGAGGGUGAUGGGGCAUCAAAGGCCAAGGGUUCGGGGACGCUCAAGUCGACAUUGUCUAUGGCACCCACAUCCAGGACAGCUCAUCUCGCCAUGCAACAUACGGCAUCUGCAGCCGCGAGCCUUGCAACUGAGGCGGACAACCAAAUCCGAGAAUCGCUCACCAAGCUCGUUGGUGCGCAGAUUCGCAAGCUUGAGCUCAAAAUGGCGCAGUUUGAAGAAAUGGAGGAAGCAUUAGAGGACGAGCGACGAGGGGUAGAGGCCCUGCGCCUGAGUUUGCUGAGCGAACGUGCGCAGAUUAGGCGAUGGCUGGAGGGCGUUAACGCUAACGCCGGUGGUGCCAUAAACAAACCAUUGGUUGCCGAAGCUGUUGGACUCCUUCAGGGUGGAAGUGGUGGCCGUCUACACCUUCAGAACGUGGAUACAAGUCAGGGCAUGGCCCCUGGGGACCCAGGAGCUCCUGUAGCCGAUGGUGCUUACGGUACAUUAGUCUAA